AUGUUGUUGUCCCCUUGGGUUGACUUCAGAACUGAUCAUCCGAGCUCCAGUGAAAACGCGGAUAAAGACGUCAUUACGGCUGAGACUUUGAAUAGCUGGGCACGGAUAUCUCUGGGCCAGACGGCGGAAGAUGAGUACAACUGCCCUGCCAAAGCCCCCGCAGGCUGGUGGACAGAUCUUCCUGUUUCAAAAAUCUUUGUUGGCGCCGGAGGAGACGAAGUCCUGUUGGAUCCGAUUAGGCAGAUGGCCGAGAAGAUGAAGGCCGAACUCCCCGACGUGAGCAUAAGCAUUGUGCCUGGAGAAUUCCACGUUGAGCCAAUCACGGGCUUCGCUUUGAAGAUACCCCCUGGAUUGCAGUUCAAGGCGAUGGCGUCAUGGCUGUACCAGACCUUUCUUUCCUGUGAAUUGCGAAAGGGAAUGAAGAUGAAGACAAUGCACUCGAUCCACGAUCCACAUGCGCGGCCCGAGAGACCCGGGGAUCAGCCUCGGAAGAAGAUCCGAAAAGGGACCCGCAGUUGCUGGCAAUGCAAACAUCGCAAAGUUCGUUGUAUUUUUGUGUCUGAUAGCGAACAGAGCUGCAAAGAAUGUCUCGCCCGGGGACUUCCAUGUCGCAGCCAGGAAUUGCCGGAGCCUGAGAAUCCCCGCGAAUCGGACCGCACAUAUCUGAACGAGCGGAUGGCUCGGGUGGAAAACCUGUUGGAGAAGCUUCUGAUACGAGUCGACGGUGGGAACAGUCAACAGGGGGACUUGAAAUCACCUUUAGAUUUAGCCGAAACCAGCCUCGAAUCGAGCCCCUCGACCGUGACACCAGCCCCGGACAGUGCUCCAGUCUUGUCUCUUUUUGACAACGAAGCGAUAGGUUUCAAACGAACCGACACCGUUGAGUCCGAUUUUACGCCAUAUGGCACAAUUAAUCGGGACUGGGGGAGACUGCGCCGCGAUCUGACAGCAUUGAUACCAUCUCAAAAGACAUUGAAAAUCAUAUCGGAGGCUAGCAGUAGCUGGUGGCUUAUGCGCGUGCAGUUAUUCGGAGACUACGAUGAAUCAUUGCUUUCGUCCUCGGAGCAACAGCUUUCAAAUAGCCACCCAGCUAUGGUUGCUAAGGCCAUCUUGUGGAUUGCACUGUGUCUCCAACAACUCCCUUCGGGGUUUGAUUUGUCCUCUCUUGAUCUGCCCUGCCUCCCAUGGGUCCUGGUUGAAGAAUGCAUCACCCGUGUUUCCACGCUCGUUUGCUCCGAUGACUCUAUUGUUAGUUGUAUCGACGGGCUUGAGUGCUUAGUCCUACAGGGGUUGAUCUUUAGCAAUGACGGAAAGCUACGAAGUGCGUGGCUUUCUUAUCGUCGGGCUGCAAACAUCGCCCAGCUCAUCGGGUUCCACCGUGCUGAACCAGCUCCCAAUCAGAGUGUCGAGUUUCAACACCGGGCUACGUUCAUCUGGAGACACAUCCUUAUCGUUGACAGGCAUUUUUCCCUGAUCCUUGGGGUACACGGCGCUAUAUCCAAUACGGCAAUAGAUCUAUAUCAAUCCAACCCAAGAGACUCCCAUGAUUUACCCGUUCACAAUGAAUCUGUUCUGAACCCGCUUGCUCGGAUAGCAGGCUCAAUCAUUGAGCGCAAUCAGACCUUCACCGAAGUCACUCCGGCCAUGCUGCAGAUGACACAAAGCAUCGAUAUGAAACUUCAAGCGUUCGAUCCCCCUCCUUUGGUGUCACCCGACAAUCUUCCGCCAGGCAAGUGUACCGAGCGGUCUUCUUGUUUUCUCGGGCUUCACUAUCGAUUAUGGUACUACCAGCUCAUGGCUUGGUUACACCUGCCUCUUUUACUAGCGUCCGGUACUGACAACUCCUAUGAGUAUAAUCGCCAGACCUGUCUCCACGCCUGCCGCAGCAUCAUCGCUUGUUAUGUCAAUAUCCGACGCACCACUGAAAACGGAUUUGACUCGAAGAUUCUUGAUUUCCAAGCCUUCACUACGGCGAUGACAAUUAUUGUCAAUGCCCUCGGGCCAUUUGGCCCACAGGACUUAACCAAAGGAGAUUACUUCGCUCUCGACCGGGUUGUGGCUGUUCUAGAACAACUAUCGAAUACUGUUCCUCCGGACAAGAUCGCAACUCGAGCAGUACACGUUCUGAAAAUCAUCAAGGCAAUAGGGAUGGGAACCGAACCCCCGCAACUGGACGAAUCAGAAGGACACCAAUACGAGAAUGGACGGCCUACUCGCAUCAAGCUCGAUAUUCCCUAUUUCGGCACAAUAUACCUCGAACGUCGUUCCAUGAGCGCUCAAUCAUCUAGACAUAUUGCUAUUGCUGUUAAACCGCCACCAACUUUGCCCAAUACCGCGCCUGGGCAAUACUACCCAUCAUCUUCAUGGAUGGACACGAUGCCGGACCCCGGUUAUCCAAAUGGAAAUGUUGUGGAAACAACCCAAUGGGCGGAUUCUAACUUGAGCUUUGAUCCGCCUACCGAGUUUUGGGCUCUUAACUCUGAGUUCACGUUUCAGGCUCCGUUUUUGGCUGAUUAUGAUGUUAAUUGGGAUUAUUUGGAUAUGGGAUUAUGA